UCAAUUAAACUUAACCAGUGAAUAGUUAGGGUUACACAAAUGGGUUCCAAAGGCGGUUUGUUGUUGACGUGUCACAUUUUCGUGUGGGCGGCGGCGGCGCUGGCGCUGUGGGCGGCCGGCGCGAGCGCAGCGGUGCGCUACGACUCUGCUACGCCGCACACGCCGCCCUACUCCAAGUACAAAUACAUACCGUUACACAAUGAACAACAGUUUGACCAUGAAGAUUCGCCGUCACUAGAGGAUCCAGAGCCUCCGAGGAGCGGAAUGCCACCUUCUGAGCUGAUCCUCACCGGUCUACGUACCCUCUUGGACGUCGUGAGGAACAUCAACAAGAAGCGAGCAAGCGCCAGCGCCAGGGUGGCUGCCCACAAUUCUACUGCAGUUAUGCUACGUAAAGCUUCUUCAAGAAAUGCCACAGCGGAGAGCGGGCGAGGGUUCGAAGACUACUAUGAUGAGCAUCCUCAUGACACCACCACCACCGCCAAGCCGAUGAAGCAGGGCCGGUACACCGACCCCUGGGCCGGAUACUACGACUGGAUCAUCAACGAGGGAUCCUUCAAGUUCUGGAGCGUCUUCCAGCUCUUCACUGCGGCUCUGCUCUUAUACGCCUGUUUCUCUGCCAUCUACUACGCGAAAUUCAACCCUAUCCUGCCGGACUACAGCAUGGAAUACGACGACUACUUCUUAGAAAGGACAGUGGGCAGAAAAGCCAGAAGUUUGGAUUCCUCAGAACUGCCUUCUGGGCUCAGCUGGAUCAACUCAAGCACCUUCCAAUUCAUCUUAGACGCUAUAGCAAAACAUUAUGAGGAAGAAUAAACUUCUGUAUACUUCUUUCAAUACCUGAACUU